GCUGGGCCGCCUUAGAGCAUGGUACAGAUGAGCUUUUCUACUUCGUCUUCUGCUUCGUCUUCACGGUGAAAAAAACUCCUCAGCCGUCACCACCACCACCAUGCAGUCCGUCACCUCCGCCACCACCUUCACCGCUCUCGUAACUGCGAUUGGGCUGGCGGGGUCGGGCGUGGGGCUGCAGCUGUCUGAUGGAGUGGGUGCUUGCCUGAGCCACUGCGCCACCACCACCCACUACAAUCCCGUGUGUGGCAGCGACUACGUCACCUACACUAACCCGUCCACGCUCCUGUGCUGGAAGAAGUGUCGCUACCCCGUUUGCGAGUCAACAGUCUUCUCGUCGAUGUCAAACACUCCCAAACACUCCGCGAUCAAGAGCUCAGCGUCGCCCACUUCUCCUCCUGCAUCGACUGGAUCACCGGCCAAAAUCAAGUGUAGGAAGGACGCCCAGUGUACUCUUCCUCCAUCACGCCAGCAGGACCCCAACACGAUGCCCCAAGAAGACGUGUGCUUGGAUAUGUUGUCUAAGCUAACCACAAGAAGACGUGUGUUUGGAUAUGUUGUCUAAGCUAACCACAAGAAGACGUGUGCUUGGAUAUGUUGUCUGAGCUAACCACAUGAAGACGUGUUCUUGGAUAUGUUUGUAAUGCCAUGGGGGUCGUACUGGAGUGUACUGAUUCUCUUUUACACGGUAUUUAGAAUUGAAUAAAAUGAAUACUGAAAAUUGGGCUGAUUAAACUCAACUCCCGCAUGACUGAGUGUUACUAGGUAGGCUGCCAUCACCCCAAAGAUCCUAUUGAUCGAUCAACAGCUCGAUGGGGAGAAAAGAAAGAGAUUAAACUAGAGCGUGAACGUAAACUAAGACUCAGUCACACCGUGGGAGACACUUGAGAAAAUUCUAAGGUAGCGAGGAAAUUUAUUAUGAGAGGACGUGAGGGUGGCUUUCCCGUGUGUCGUCCGGCCAGUCUACCGUAACAUUAAAACUAAUAAAUGGUGAUUGAAAAAGAGACAAUGAUAUAAUUACAAGGUUUACUAUGAUGAAACUUACAAAACUGAGUAUUAAUAAAAGAUAUUAAUAGCCUAGCCUGGUGCUCCCAU